AUGGCUGCGGAAGUGAAAACUGAUAUGGAGAGGAUUGGCCUCUUCAGUGAAAUGGGUUAUAUUACCAUUGGAGAUAAAUAUGUAUCCCAGCAUAUGCGCCCUUUUAAUGAAGCCGCAGGCAAGAACAGACAGAUGUUACCUGGGGGGACCAAAGCAUUGUCAGCUCUGCAGGCAGGUUAUUUUGAGCCUCAGUUUGUGAGGAUUUUUGAAGGUGAAGCCUACUCAAACCCUGUUCAGCUAAGGAGACGCUACAGAUUGGCAGAAUCAAAGAAGAAUUUGGGCAAAGCUUUCAUUCCCAGUAAUGGAGACAAAUUGCCAUCUGGGCUUGGCAGCUAUUAUGGAACCAUAGGAGGACCAUAUCCAUACUUCAGUCCGCUACGGAGAGCUGAAGAAAGAUACGUUCCUCCCGGAAAGAAUUUUUAUACUAAUCCAGGAAAGAAAGGAACUGGAUAUGGUUAUCCAAACCUUACCAUAGGUGAACAAUAUCCACAUGAAGCAGAUGGGUAUGAAGUAGACAGAAUAAAUGCAAAGAAAGAACGAGAGCAACAUAAACGAUUACUUAAAGGAGGGCCUUUCAAGUUAAAUCUAUAUCCCCGGGAGUACUUUGACAUGAAUCCCUAUUUUAGUGACAAACCUUUGCCUCCUGUGAAGAAACCACCUCCCGGGAAGCCAAUUGCACCACCUUUCAGACCAAGUUCUCCUGGUAAAAAGCCUGGGGGCAUGAAAGGAGGCACAUUUGAUCCUUACCCAAGCCAUUCUGUUGACCCUUAUGUAAUUGCAAAACCUAGGGCUGUCACAACUACAAAAGAACAACGGAUUUUCCAUCCUCCUUCUGGACCAAAAAGCAGACCUGUUACAAGCAUAAUGACUUUAAAUGUUACAAGAUCAUUAAAUGUAAAGAACUACAAGACUGUACAGCUGGCAUCUUAUUAG